CUCUAUUCACAGCAAGCACAAGGAACACACUGUCCACGGCUAUGUUUAUCCUUAUUGUUUGUCUCUGUGAGAGUUAUCUAAUUUAGUUAAUUUAUUUCUUCCAGUAGAUAGACUCUCUAUGGGAUGAUGCGUUGACAGUAAAAUAGUGUGACUUUAAUCAAGUCUAAUGGGGCUGCUGGAUAAACUCUCAGGCUGGCUGGGCCUGAGGAAAAAAGAGGUCAACGUCUUGUGUUUGGGGCUCGAUAACAGCGGCAAAACCACCAUCAUCAACCAACUCAAACCUUCCAACCAUUCGAAUCAUUUAGGCCCAUUGUCAGCAGAUUGGAAACAUGUUAGUCAGACGCAGACACAAGAAAUAGUCCCAACAAUUGGCUUCAAUAUUGAGAGGUUCAAGAGUUCAAGCCUGUCAUUUACAGUCUUCGACAUGUCUGGGCAGAGCAGAUACAGAAACCUAUGGGAGCAUUACUACAAAGAAAGCCAUGCCAUCAUAUUUGUCAUCGACAGCGGUGACAAACUGAGGAUGGUUGUUGCCAAAGAGGAGCUAGACACUCUUCUCAAUCAUGAAGAUAUCCGCAAUAGAAAGAUGCCAGUUUUGUUCUUCGCCAACAAGAUGGAUCUGAGGGAUGCUAUGUCUUCGGUCAGGGUCUCACAGUUGUUGUCUUUGGAGAACAUCAAAGACAAACCCUGGCACAUCUGUGCCAGCGAUGCUAUCAAAGGAGAGGGUCUACAGGAAGGGUUGGAUUGGCUACAUGGUAAAUGUGUUCAUUAAAUGUACCAUUAAUACUGGAUGAAAUUACAAAAACAGUGCUACAUUUAUCUCUGAAUUUCUGUCAAUUUCAAAGUGCCGUCUAUAUUAAAACAUGUCUUUAUCUUCUUCCAUAGAACAAAUUUCACA